GGUUAAUGGUUUGAACUGUAAAGGCGCCGGAGACCGCGAGAGAGAAGGAAAAAAGCUGCCGUAGGGAGCAGGUGAAGUGAGAUCCGGGCCAUUCUGUAACUCCACUACCGGAGUUCCCAGGAGGGAGGAUGGCGAGGCGGCGGGUGGCUCCGGCAGCUGCAUUGGCAUUCACAUUGGCGGCGACACUUGUGGGGCUCUGCUUGUCCGGCGAUCCGUACGCUUACUUCGACUGGAACGUGGCGUACAUGAAAACCGCGCCGCUCGGGGUUGAGCAGCAGGUGAUUUCGAUCAAUGGAAAGUUUCCUGGACCCGUCGUCAAUGUGACGACCAACUGGAACGUGGCGAUCAACGUGCUUAAUAGCCUUGACGAGCCGCUUCUCAUUACUUGGGAUGGUGUGCAACAUAGGAAAAAUAGCUGGCAAGAUGGAGUUCGCGGUACCAACUGCCCGAUCCCAGCUGGAUGGAAUUGGACUUACCAGUUCCAGGUCAAAGACCAAAUUGGGAGUUUCUUCUAUUUCCCCUCAAUCCUCUUCCAGCGUGCAGCGGGAGGGUAUGGAGGAUUCACAGUCAACAACAGGCCGAUUAUCUCGGUGCCUUUUGACACGCCAUAUGGCGACAUCAGUCUCUUUGUGGGUGACUGGUUCAGUAAGAACCACAAGGACUUGAGGGAGGAACUUGAUCAAGGGAAAGCUCUGGGGAUACCGGAUGGCGUCCUCAUUAAUGGAAAAGGUCCUUAUAGGUACAACAAAACACUUGUUCCGGUUGGAAUCGAUUACGAGACCAUCGAUGUUCAUCCAGGGAAAACUUAUCGGUUUCGUGUCCACAAUGUUGGAAUCUUUACUUGUUUGAACUUUAGAAUUCAAUCCCACAACUUGCUUCUUACUGAGACAGAAGGAUCGUACACAGUUCAGCAGAAUUAUACCAACCUAGAUAUAUUUGUUGGGCAGUCCUACUCUUUCCUGAUUACUAUGGAUCAGAAUGCAAGCACUGACUACUACAUUGUAGCAAGUGCUAGGUUUGUAAAUGGAUCAAAAUGGGAUAGAGUUAUAGGGGUUGGAAUCCUUCAUUAUUCGAAUUCCAAGGGCAAAGCAUCUGGUCCUCUUCCAGACCCUCCCAAUGAUGUAUUUGACAAAACAUACUCCAUGAAUCAGGCAAGAUCAAUCAGGUGGAAUGUGACUGCUAGUGGUGCCCGUCCCAAUCCCCAAGGUUCUUUUAGGUAUGGUUCCAUCAAUGUCACUCAAAUGUAUGUUAUAAAAAACAAGUCACCUAUGCUUAUUAAUGGAAAACUUCGGGCAACACUCAAUGGGAUUUCUUAUUCACCUCCUGAGACGCCGUUGAGGCUUGCUGACCAGUAUGACAAGAAGGGAAUCUACAAGCUUAAUUUCCCUACCAAAGCAUUUCCAGGACCACCAAAAAUUGCAACUUCUGUAAUUAACGGUACAUACAGGGGUUUCAUGGAGAUCGUAUUUCAAAAUAACGAGUCGAGAGUUCAGAGUUAUCAUCUGGAUGGAUAUGCCUUCUUUGUUGUUGGGAUGGAUUAUGGGGAGUGGGCUGAGAAUAGUAGAGGCACAUAUAAUAAAUGGGAUGGUGUUGCUCGCAGCACAAUUCAGGUUUAUCCGGGAGCUUGGACUGCUGUCCUGGUUUCACUUGAUAAUGUUGGUACCUGGAAUUUGCGCUCAGAAAAUCUUGAUUCGUGGUACUUAGGGCAGGAGACCUACAUUAAAGUUGUCAACCCUGAAAGCACCAACAAAACCGAACUGCCUGUACCUGAUAAUGCUCUUUAUUGUGGACUCCUUGAGGACAUGCAAAAGCAGCAGAAACCGCAUGCGGAGGCCUUGGAGUCGUUAUCGACAACCAUUACAGGAGGAAGGCCAGUGGUGACGCUCUUAUUAGCUGCAUUGCCUUUGUUGUUUUAACAUUCGAGACUUCAGAUUAACUUGAGCUAGCUUAUUAUUAUUAUAAUUUUGUUCUUAAUUGGGUUUUGUGAAGGAUAACUUAUCAGCUAGGUGUGUGGAGUGGUAAGGAUUCCAGGCGUUGUGUUGGCCACAUGUUUUUUAGGUUUUCCAGUGUUUGUGCCGUUUGUUUUCUUAUUAUUUAUGAAGUGUCC